UGUAUACUUUAUCUAAAGUGUGAACUUACUAUUUUGAGUAUUGAUUUUUUUAAAAUAAUCUGCGAGUAUCGCCGUGCUUUUUGUUUUACAUCAGACUCGCUCAGCUUUGCCCGAAGACAGCGUAAUCUCCUUAUUAUAUCAAUCUAUAACUCCAUAUAAUUAAAAGGAUUUAAAUAUCGAAUGAGCUUUAAUUUUAAGACGCGAAGGCCGAUGAAGCGUGGAAACGAAGAAACGUUCCCCGAUGAAUCACCCGUCCAUUUCGCUCUUUUAAUCGAGUCACUUCCGUUGGACUGGUCCAUGUUGGUUUAAACAUUGACAAUCGAACUCUCGGGAUCCCCGUAAUUAAAAACGAAGGGUCGACGACCCGGUCUACGCUACCCGAUGUCGAUGUUUAUAUCGUAAAUUUCUAGAGUUUCAUCAUGGCGAGUGAGUUUGUAUACACAGGCGACAUUGAUCGUGUAGAUCACGAUUACAUUUCCGGUGCAAUUUCGAUUCGCCGAACGCGUUCUACUAGCUUGAAAUAUUCCAAUUUGUUCGACUGUUUAUAUGCGCGCACGGGAAAAAGCAUUUGGCACUGAAAACGCGUAAAAACGCGUUUAAAUUACAUUUCCCUUCGCACGACAAUUUCUCCCUGUCAAUUGAUUUUAUUUUACAAGAAAUAUUUUUUUCUUUAAAGGCAGCUUUUUUUUUUCUCCCCGUAAAUAAGAAAGCUGCAAUAGACCGGGAGAUUACGAAGACCUGCGGAAGGGUCCCGGGGUAAAUAUAUGUCCAACGGUUAUGUAAAUGAACUCUUCGGUUCACAACACGCGCUAUUUACAACCGUGAUCGAUAACUAUCAGAGCAUCGAAAGCCCCUUCCGUCGUGCCGGAGGUGAGUCGCCGGACACAACACGACACCGCCGACAUAAACUUCUUGUGCUGCAGGUCACCGUCGCACUAACCAUCGGCCUCGCCCUGGUCGAUCGAUCAAUCGCCGGCGUGAUACCGCUGGAUGAUCAUCAUCAUGUCUCGGUGGCGAGCUCGUACAUGCAUUUCCAUGGGCCGGUGCAGGGACCCGAAUACGAGGUGAAAGUGCCACACGUACCUGUGGACCAUCACGGCGAGCACAACUAUAUCACUCACCACGAGCAUCGUCCUCACGACGGCUACACGGUCGACUACGUGGCGAAGCCCAAAUACGAGUUCUCGUACGGUGUCGAGGAUCAUCACACCGGUGACUUUCACGGACAGAAGGAGUCCAGCGACGGACACAGCGUGUCCGGAGAAUAUACCGUGAAGGAUCCAGGUGGUAGUCUUCGGAUCGUCACCUACCACGCGGACAAGGAGGGAUUUCACGCUAUGGUGCACACCUCCGGGAAGAACGAUCAUUCGGGCGGGGUGUACGGCGGUCAAGGGCACGACGUGGAGACCCAUCUUCACGACUACGCCGCGUUAGCCGCGCACGCGGCGACGUACUAAACGGGAAAACUUAGCGACCGCCUAUGACAACCGGUGACUGAUCGCUUUUUGUACCUGGCACGAUUAGACUUUUCCUCGUUCUACGAAAUCGUCAACGUUGAUGUUUCCGUUUUGUAUACCAAAGGCAACAACGGCCCGCUGUCCGUCCGACGUCACAUGCAGGGAUAACGUAUAUGGUAUAUAUUAUACAUUGUAAAUAUAGUUUUAUCCCGCAUUUAUACACGACAUAAACAUGACGGAAGAAUGCAUGUUUAUUCCUUUUGUGUUGGCUGGACAGCAGUACUGCCCCGCUAUCCCGACAGAAUAUGAAAUUUUGUCAAUAAUUAUUGACGAAACAUGAUAGACACAUGAACUGUAUGAAUAAGGAUUUACAAAAUUAAUAGAGGUUUCCGAUAAAUAAAACUGACGUUUCGCUUAAUAGAAGUAACGUGACCGAAAAUGUUUUUUUAUUAUGCAUUCCUAUUCUUUUAUGCAUAUAAACUCUUUUUACGUUUAUCGAAAACCUUUUAAUUGAUUAACAUUUUAAUCGAGCGUUCGCGUUUAUUUGAAAACUCCCGUUAAAAUGGAUGAAAAGUUAAAUAUACUAUAUGUAUAAACCACCCACAAGUUAUAAUUACUCAAUUUGCGAGAAUUUCUGUGCUGCACUAAAAUUACUCAAUAGCCCGAAUUUUACUCGGAUUCGUUAAAAAAAGCAAUAUAGAAUAUAUUUGAGAAAUAUAAUAUUUGUUGAAAAUACAAUACACGAAAUUCAUUAUCAUUUUCCCGAAAUAUUCUCUAUCAUGUUUACUGGAAAAGUUAUUUAAGAGCAUUUACUAUUUACAUAAAUUUUCAUAUUUUCGUAAAUUCAACGGGUAUAAUGUACAUUGAAGAGUGAUACAUUUCCAAAUUAUAACGGCUCACGGCAAAAACACUAGUGACGUGCGCUCAAGUCAUAUUAACUGAUACACGGCUGAGCUGAUUACGUAGACGGUACAGGAUGAGAACUAUGUCGUAACACAUUACAUCGCAGCUCAGAAAGAUAAAGUGACAAUGAUGAUACACACGUGGCGCGCAAUUGCUUUAAAGUUGCGCCACGUAAUUGUCUGUCGCGCGUUUCAGCGGGGAGCGACGUAAUAUUGCACGUUUCUGUAACAGCGUGGCAGAUACGCACAUUGUUACGCGACGGGGCACCUUAUUACGACACGGCUAUCGAUCAUUAAUAACCGGGAAGCUGUAUGUACGGCGAAAGAUCCGCGCGCGAUGUACGUGACGAUUGGACUGGAAUUGGCGGUGCGACGUUGUGCGGCGAAUAUCGCGCUCUAAUGAAAAUAAACUGCUCGUAACAGGAGCGCGCGAGUAAUAACUUCUGAUGCCCCGAAGUGCGAGGAGAUUCCAAUUGCCACUGAUCACGGGGAUUAUCGAGUAACGAGUGGCGCGGGGCUUCGACUCGCCGGCGAAAUGAAAAUCCGGGUCACGGGAUUGAAUUAUCCAUUGAAUAUUAUGGCCGCGCGGGCUACAAGUUAAAAAUCAAUUGUCGGCGCGGAUGCUGUUGUAAAGUGACCGAGUGGAAAGAAAUGUGUCUCUUUGCAUUGUUUUACAAGACUUAAAAGAGCUCAUUUAGUUAAAAAGCUCAUUUAGAAUAGGAAAUUUUCCCUUUCUUUCUCUCUCUCUUUCUUUCUGUCGUUUCACAAUUAUGUUUCACAUGGUUAAUUUACUAAUUUAAUUUCUUGUAUUUCAAAAAGAAUAAUUUUUCAAGUAUGCGAAAAGAGUGCGCGCGUUUUAUUCACGAAAACGCCACAUAUAGUCGCAAAACAAACGUGGACAUUAUAAAGUGCUGUUUCGCGAAUAUUAAACGCAACGUUUCCGGAAAAUGAGAAACAAGUCAGUCAAAGGUGAGUCGAGAAUACUGUGAAACGAAUCGAGACACAGAAAGAUACGUAGUGCAAGUUGUACAAAUUUAUGUGCGACGUAACAGCCGAAUAUUCGGAGGCGAUUUUCUAUCGACAAGCCGUAAAGAAAGAGCCAUUUAAUUUUAUUCUAUUACGCUGGGACGUAUAGAUAGAGACGGGCACAUCGUCGUUAAACUGCAUCUCGCGCAAACUCUCCGGUGACGAAACAUCGUUAUCGAAAGUGUUUCAAGGAAAAAAGGCGUAAUCCCGUCGAGGAUGCAUCCGAGGCAAUACUGUGUUACACGACUCCAGGAAAGACAAGAAGAAACACAUUCUCGAGCUAACAAUGACGCGAUACCUGAAAAGACGCUUGGGAGGAAGAAGAGAGUGGAAAGAUAUAUAUAUAUAUAGAGAGAGAGAGAGAGAAAGGGAGAGAAAGAGAGGCAAAGAGAUGAAAAAUCGUUCAACGCUAACGCUCCAAAUAUUACGCUUAUUACGUCAUUAAAUCGAUAUCGGCGCUUCCCGAUAAUUAUUCCCGACGCACGUGUUACGAUGAAUCAGCAGCAGCGUCUUUCAAUAAAAAAAACGAUGAAUCUCAUAUCAGUGUGGCGUCGGGGGAGAGGGGUCUGAUAAUUUUAUCACGCGUCUGAAAAGUUCGCCGCUCGCGUGACGUAUCGGAAUCGCGCUUGCCGCGACCUUACGUGCCGUCGUCGUUCGUUCCGAACGGUUCGCGAUAACGAUAUGUAUACGUACUAUAUGUAUAUACGUACGUAGGUAUUUCGGGGUCGGAAGGGAGGUUUCCAGCCCCGAGAGUCGAGCGGCCGCCUGCGGCAAUUUCCGCAGCGCCGCGCGCGAGCUACUAAUUACCGCUGGCAUCGCGUUGAUUAUUCCUCCCGCUGCUCGCACCCUCAACAAAUCGCUCGUGAUCGAGGACCCCGCCGCCGCCGCCACCGCGCUGUCGCGCGCGUAAAUGUCGCAUGCUGUCUAACAAAGGAGAGUUUAUACGGUUUACCUCCGACGUGAUCCUCAGCCGUGUUUGAGGAAACCCUCCAGAGAACGUUCCGGAGGCGAAUUUCAUCUCGCCGGGAAUAUAUAUCGUAAUCAAAUUUCGUGUAUUCGGAAACAGAGGCGUGGGAAACAAACGAAAAAUUUGAAAAAUUUCUCGUUAACGGGUCAAUUACGUUUUCCUGUAAUGAAUCGAAAUUAUGAAAUUACGAAGAGAGGUAUUAAAUCAAUGCAAUUAUAAUUUUAAUUACGGCACGUCGCGUAACUAUACUCCAGCAGGGAUUUUGCCCAAAACGCGGUUCUACGUUUUAUCAAAUCAAUUGAUAACCAUUGCUUAUGCCUGCAGAACGAACAAAUUAAUAAUUCAUAUUGCUGAUUGGAACGUAUGAUUGUCGCAAUCAAGGUUGUCUCGUCAACAUAACGAGAACGUCGUGGUUUUAUUUGCGUACCCCGAGCGUUAUAAUAAUUAGAAUGCGAACAUGCAUUAUGCAGCAUCAUAUCAACGCGUGUAUAUUAUAGUUACGCAGAUUGUAAUUUCCUAAAAGCACGCCCUCCUGUUACAAAAGCGCUUUGAGAAUAGAAAAUUUCUGGAAAAUAUGUAAUAAAUUACUAGAAUGUUUAAAAAAA